AUGACAUGUUGUGCACGCAUCUGCAAAGCCUUCCAGAACCAAACGAACCGCAUUCCCCGGAGGAUUUUACUAGGCACACCCGAAUGCGACGGACCGUCCCAUCCAGCGGCCGUGCGCGCGACGGACAAGAAAGUACUACUCGGUGUGGUGGCUGGCUCUAAAGAGGACGGAACAAAAAGAAGCCCGACGACGACGCUACUGGUGGCAUGGCAGAGCAGAGCAGAGCAGAGCAGAGCAGAGCAGAGCAGAGCAGAGCAGAGCAGAGCAGAGCAGAGCAGAGCAGAGCAGAGCAGAGCAGAGCAGAGCAGAGCAGAGCAGAGCAGAGCAGAGCAGAGCAGAGCAGAGCAGAGCAGAGCAGAGCAGAGCAGAGCAGAGCAGAGCAGAGCAGAGCAGAGCAGAGCAGAGCAGAGCAGAGCAGAGCAGAGCAGAGCAGAGCAGAGCAGAGCAGAGCAGAGCAGAGCAGAGCAGAGCAGAGCAGAGCAGAGCAGAGCAGAGCAGAGCAGAGCAGAGCAGAGCAGAGCAGAGCAGAGCAGAGCAGAGCAGAGCAGAGCAGAGCAGAGCAGAGCAGAGCAGAGCAGAGCAGAGCAGAGCAGAGCAGAGCAGAGCAGAGCAGAGCAGAGCAGAGCAGAGCAGAGCAGAGCAGAGCAGAGCAGAGCAGAGCAGAGCAGAGCAGAGCAGAGCAGAGCAGAGCAGAGCAGAGCAGAGCAGAGCAGAGCAGAGCAGAGCAGAGCAGAGCAGAGCAGAGCAGAGCAGAGCAGAGCAGAGCAGAGCAGAGCAGAGCAGAGCAGAGCAGAGCAGAGCAGAGCAGAGCAGAGCAGAGCAGAGCAGAGCAGAGCAGAGCAGAGCAGAGCAGAGCAGAGCAGAGCAGAGCAGAGCAGAGCAGAGCAGAGCAGAGCAGAGCAGAGCAGAGCAGAGCAGAGCAGAGCAGAGCAGAGCAGAGCAGAGCAGAGCAGAGCAGAGCAGAGCAGAGCAGAGCAGAGCAGAGCAGAGCAGAGCAGAGCAGAGCAGAGCAGAGCAGAGCAGAGCAGAGCAGAGCAGAGCAGAGCAGAGCAGAGCAGAGCAGAGCAGAGCAGAGCAGAGCAGAGCAGAGCAGAGCAGAGCAGAGCAGAGCAGAGCAGAGCAGAGCAGAGCAGAGCAGAGCAGAGCAGAGCAGAGCAGAGCAGAGCAGAGCAGAGCAGAGCAGAGCAGAGCAGAGCAGAUCAGAUCAGAUCAGCCAGAGCAGAGCAGAUCAGCCAGAGCAAAGCACGGCACGCGCACACGCAAACGGACCAGCUGAAUUCGCCACGGCGAGGCAGACGGGCAGGCCCGUUGGCAGUCGACCGUCACCGCACCGUCACCGUCACCGUCACCGUCACCACCGAGCAAGCAGUUGUCGGCCGGGCAGCCUGCUCCGGCUCCAGCAUCGGCGUCGGCAUCAGCGUCGGCAACGGCAUCGGCAUCGGCAUCGGCAUCAGGACCAGCACCAGCAUCAGCACCACAACGCCGCCUCGCGACUAA